CUAUGAAUUGCACAGCACGACAUAUUAAGUUCAAUCCACAGAUUUUCCUUUUGUGACAAGUGUCGGCUCGACCAAGCCAACCAUGGUAGCCAACAUUCGCAUUUUUGUGCGUUGGAUCGGUUGACGUUAGAUCCAACGGUGCUGUUUUUUGUGUUUCUGUUGAGAAGUUGGAGCCACUAAACCGGUUGUUCGAGCAAACUGACAAAACGAAAUCCGAAAUGCACAAACUUGAACAGUAGCAAAAUCAAGCAGGGUACUUUUUGAGUGCUAGUGGUCGCCGUGAAAUGUAAAAAGAAACGCAUGGCGUUCUACAGGCUACAUUGUGAUACAUAUUACUCCGGAAUCACGUUAGGAAUCGUAUAAACAGAAACACUGCCUCGAAAAUACUUUAAUAAUUAAUGUUUAAUUGAUAACCUUUGCCGGUUUGCCAAAAUAAUAUCAAUUUUUAUUCCACAAACUUCAAGGUUGUGUUGUUAGGAUUCAUUCAUAGUGGAUAGAAUUUGUAUGUUAUUUGAUAACAUUUAAAUUGAAUUGACUAUUGGUAUUAAUACUGACUAGCUGACUUGCUGCAGAAUGGUUAGGUUUUUAUUGUAAGUUGAAAUACAGCAUUGUCUUCACGCUUUUUGAAGAUAAUUUUUUUAAACAUAAGAUAUCUCUAUUAAUCAUGGAAUCUGACCCAGCACCUGAGAAUGAUACACAGAAUGAUGUGGAAAUGGAAGAAGUGAGAAAAGUUGUGGAAUCAACUGAUGGAAUUACUAAAACAUCAGAUGUGUUAAAUGAAAAAAACAGUGAAGAAGAAGUACUUGAAAUAGAGACACAAACAAAAGGGAUCAGUAGUGACAAGUUUGAAAAUAGAUCAGAACAUUCCAUGGAGACUGAUAUUGAAAGAAUAGAUCCAGUUCCACAGGAUCCAGUUGUAGAAGUUACGAAAGUUGUUGGCAAGCAAAGAAAUGAAAAGUUUAAUAGUAAGAGUUGUGUUGUAUUGCCAGAAAUUAUUGAUGUGGAAGAUAAACCUUCUGCAAAGAGUGGUAAAGUAAUUGAAGAUAUCAUAAUUUGUGAUGAUAAUACAUCAAAAAGGUGUUGCUGUAAUUUGGAGUGUAGUAGAGUAAGAACACAAUUUCAAAAUGCUCCUCCUUUUGUACUAACUUACUAUGGCUAUAAGUAUAAAAAAAGGAAAACACAAAAAGUGUGCACACCAUGUUUUGAAAAAGCUGUUGAACACCAAGAGCACUUGGCCUAUUUGUUGAUGGAACAAAAGCCAUUGCUCACUGCAGAAUUUCCAGAGAAAUUUGACAUAGAAGUUAUAUCCGAUGAAUCUGAUGAGGAAGAUUCCUUAAAAGAUCUUCCACUAGGAAAGGAUUUCUUACUGGAAUUUGAUGAAGACCUUACAGGAAUGAUUAAUGAAAGCAUAGAAAAAUACAAGCUAGAUUUUCAAAUAAAGGAAACUGAUUCCAUUUUGUCUACAAAAUUUAAUGAUUUGGAUGAAGAAUUUUUAAAACUAGAUGCUACUAUUGAUAGCUUACAAAAACAAGUUGAUGAUAUUCGAGCAGCCGUUUACAAAGGAUGUUCUCCGAAAAUAAAGGAAUUACCAGCAGAGGAGAUAAUAGAUGUUCCAGGAAGCCCGUCUGAAAGGCGGUUUAAGAUAUUUUCGCCCUCUAUUACAUCUUCUUAUGUGUCUCCUACAAAACGGCCAUAUUCAAAUCCGUCACUUCAAGAAAGCCCACGUCGCCCUUCUUUAGCUGGAGUUGCUACCAAGAAAAUGCCUGUUCAACAGCAACAGCAACAAGAGAUUGUGGCCCUGGAGCCUAUUCGUUUGGUGCGCCCCACUUUGCCUCCAGUUGGAGCAUUAGUUCGGCCAAGGCCUGCUGUGCAUGAUGUACUGUAUGUCAUGAGACAUGGAUAUUAUGGUGUUUGGGCACGAGGCAAGAUUCUGGAAGUUUUACCUAAGAUGGAAGUCACAGGAUUCAGUAAAAGUGAAUUUGUUUACAAAGUUAGAUUUGAGAGUCGUAAGUCAAGUACUGUAAAAACCGUAACUGGGAAGCAACUUGCAUAUUCAACGCCUAGUCCUGUUAGAUUGCCAGUUGGAACCAGAGUCAUUGCCCUCUUUCGGGAUGAAUGGGCUAAAGAAUGUUACUAUGCAGGCAUUGUAGCGGAGCCUCCCAAAGCAGUCAAUAAAUUUCGAUACCUUAUUUUCUUUGAUGAUGGUUAUGCUCAAUAUGUUGUCCAUGAGAAAGUAUUACUAGUUUGUGAAUCAUCAUCCAAAGUUUGGGAAGAUAUUCACCCAGAAUCAAGAGAUUUUGUUCGGGGUUAUCUUGAACAGUAUCCUGAACGACCAAUGCUUAAAUUGCAACAAGGACAAAUUGUCAAAACUGAAUGGAAUGGAAAAUGGUGGAUAGCAAGAGUUCUAGAAGUUGACGGAUCAUUAGUAAAGAUGCACUUUGAUGCUGAUGGCCGAACAGAACUUAUUUAUCGAGGUUCGACUCGUCUUGGACCAUUGUACUCUGAAUUGCAUAAUGCUGAUCGAAAGAAAUUAGGUAGCUUUGGUCGACAUAGGAAACCUGGUACAUACAGAGUAUAUUGUCAGCUUCAUCCCUCUCUUUCUUUUUGUUCAGGAGUUUAUGAUGAGUUCCGCAAUUCAGAGCGAUCUUUACCAGCUCGUGCUGUUGCCAAGAAAAGUACCAGUAAGCGUUCUGACACUGGCCGGGAUCAUUUGGAAGCCCUCCUUUUUCAAUCUCAGAGAGAGUUGAGUUCUGGCCAUGUGGAAAGUAUUUUCAUUAAUCCAACACACACACCUCGCAGAUUUGUUCCUCAUCAAUGUGGACAUCGUUGUAUUGAUGGAAUAAAAUAUGAUUCUACCCAAAUCAGGAGGUACAAUCCUUUAGUACUUCCCCAGUUGCAUGGCUGGCAGAGACACAUCACAAGAUGUAAAGGGAAAAAAAUUGUUGUUUAUCGAACUCCUUGUGGUAGGCGGGUUAGGAAUAUGGAAGAACUUCACCGAUACCUGCGGGUAUCAAAAAGUGUAUUAUCUGUUGAUUUAUUCGAUUAUGAUUCUUGGGUGCAUUGCUUUGCUGAGUUUGUGAUGCCAUCAGGAUUCAUCAAUAUCAAGGAUUUGUCAUAUGGUUGUGAAAAUGUACCAGUUCCGUGUGUUAAUGAUAGAGAUCACACCGAACCAGAAUAUGUUAAAUACUCUACUGUUCGUUUACCUAUGGAAGGUGUUAAUGUUAAUACCAAUCCAGAAUUUCUUGUUAGUUGUGAUUGCACUGAUGAUUGUCAGGAUAAAGAUAAAUGUGCCUGCUGGCAGCUUACUAUUCAAGGCACAGCAUAUGGACCUGGAGGUAAAGUGGAUAAAUCUGUAGGAUAUAAUUUUAAAAGGUUGAGAGAGCCUGUAAUGACAGGCAUAUAUGAAUGUAACUCAAGGUGUAAGUGUGCCAGCACAUGUUUUAACCGUGUAGCCCAACAUCCUUUGCAGCUACGUCUCCAAGUGUUCAAGACUGAGAAUCGUGGUUGGGGAAUACGGUGCCUGAAUGAUGUGCCUCAUGGUGCAUUUAUCUGCAUUUAUGCAGGACGUUUGUUGACUGAGCAAGGAGCUAAUGAAGGUGGCAAGAACUAUGGAGAUGAAUACUUGGCUGAAUUGGAUUAUAUAGAAGUAGUGGAGCGACUGAAAGAAGGUUAUGAAAGCGAUGUUGUGGAAGAUGACAAUGAUUCCUCAGAUUUUGAAAAUCCAAAAGAUGUCAAAAAAGAUCGAAAAGUGCGUGCUCUAUCAGAUUCAGGUUCUGAAGAGGAAGAAGAUGGAGAAACCAGUCAAGAUGCUCAUGAUUCAGAUUUUGAAUUAGAUAUUAAGCAUCAACAUCUUAAUGUAGUACCUCUAGAAGAAUCAACAAUUAGAUUUAUAACACUACCUGGUCCUGGAGCCUCCGCUUCCACCGAAAGAGAAAUAACAACUGUGCCUUUGUCUUACAGAACUCGUUUACGGAAUCGGAAGUCUCGUAACAGCUCAACAGAUAGUCAAAGUGAAACAAAAAAAGAAGUGAAAAAGAAUAAUGAACCAAUGUCAAUUGAUAGAGAAUUGAAGAAAAUGGAAAUAGAGAAAAAAGGAUCAACUGAUGAUUCUUCCAGUUAUAUCACUUUAAGUGAUGACGAUGAAGAAGAUCAAAGAGAACGUGAACCUUCUCGAUUUGCUGUCAUGUCUGGUUCUGGUCCAAAAAAAGAAGCAGAGAGAAGGAUUACUUAUAAAUCUGUUCGUGAAUAUUAUGGAGAUGAUGAAUAUUGUUACAUUAUGGAUGCUAAAAAUGACGGAAACAUUGGACGAUAUCUUAAUCAUUCAUGUACACCAAAUGUGUUUGUUCAGAAUGUUUUUGUGGAUACACAUGACCUGAGGUUUCCAUGGGUGGCUUUCUUUGCCCUUACUUACAUAAGUGCUGGCACAGAACUCACAUGGGAUUACAAUUAUGAUGUUGGUAGUGUGCCUGGGAAGGUUCUGCAUUGUUACUGUGGAUCAAAUGAGUGUCGUGGACGAUUAUUGUAAUGUGUUAUGGAAGUAUUCAAAAAUGCAUUAUAUCAGUGUGGUGAAUACAUAUUAACUUUAAUUAAAUAGGGUACAGAACAGAACAUAUGUUUGUCCAUUUGAAGGACUUUUAAAUGGUUAGGUUUCUAGAAAUUGCAAUAUGAUAUAUGUUGUUAUUCCCUUCAAUUGAUAAAUGUGUCAUUUCAAUUAUUUAUUAUCUUUGUACAAAUGGAUAAAUUUUCAUUUUGAAGUAGUAAUACGACUAACAUAGAAAUCUUUAUGCAAUUGGUUGUCUUGUAUAGACAGACUUACUUUGAUGGAAAAUAAUGAUAAGAGUAAUUGAAUCAUGCAGUGUAAUUAUACUUUUAUUUUAAGUAGACUUGGAAGCACUGAAACAGAAUUAUUUUAUUUUACCUAUUCUAAUUAAAUUGCACAGUAGAAAUGAAAUUUUAUCAAGCUUGUUUUUUUUCCACUUUGAAAAGAAAAGUUAUUUUUCAACUUUCAAAACUUCAGAUGUACUUGUCAUAUUUGAAUGAAAAUUUUGUUAGCUGCAUGCAAAAAUAUGUAUUUCAUAAUAAAUGCUUUAAAAUGUGAUAUCUUGGUAAUGUUAUGUAAUUGUGUCAUCUGCAUUGCAGUCAAAUUUAAACUGUGAUUUUAUUUUCAUGUGGGCUUCAUUCAUGUUCUGCAACCCACUUUUCUUGAACUUCCAGGGUUCCUUUCCCUUUCAUUUUUGUUAGUUCCUGAUGAAGAGGAGUCAGAUUGCUGGCAUUGUCCUAUACAGUGGCAACAUUUCUUCAAGAAUUGUCAUAUGCAGUUUUUUUCGCUGAGUUCCCAGGUAAUGUUAGUAUUUAACCCUAAAGUGUGGUAUGCUGUACCUGGACAGGUUGGAUUUUUACUUUCCAUUCGCGGUAAGCCAUCUCAGGACGGAAAGAACCUUUACCUGUUUUUCUUCUCAUUUGCGGCGUGCGGUCUCCAGACGCUCGUUGCUUGGCAGUGCCGUGCACAGAUAAGCAGUGUGUUAUAGCGAGUUUUUGAUUUCUUUUUGUGUGUAUUAAUACAAAUAUUUUCGAUUGAAGUAUUUCUAUUUAUUUGUGGAUGUUUUUUUAAAGAAACAAUUAAUUUACAAUACAUUGUCUUCUAUGUUCUACUUAUCAUAUGCGACUGUCAGAAAUAAUAUAAAUAAAACAAUAGAAAUUGCCUUA